AUGUCUCUCCUUGUAGUUCUUGGCGUUCUGCUUCUCAGCACGAUCACAGGAGAGGGCUACACGAGCCCGUGGAGCACUUGCAAUUCUCACCUGGAGGACGAAUCCUCGGCGCCUUAUCAGAGAAUAUCGGAGGCGAUCGACCGUGCAGUGCGAGACCGGAAGGAAUGCCCUGCAACUGAGGAGGACCGACAGGUUCUUCGCUUUUGUCUAGGCGUAGGCUACCUUAUAGAGUGCAUCCGAGACAACCCCGCGGUGGAAGGUCAAGGAUUUGCUCGGAGUGACGAGACUGACCGAUCUCGAAUCACCAAGCUCUGCAGCGACCAGCUAAGCGCCAGCGACCCACCCGAAUAUCGGCGCGUAGGGUCUUUGUCGGUCACGGAAGUCGCCUGCACGCAUGCCCUCCGCAAGUUCGGACUGCAUCGUCGAGGAGGCAUAAGAUACGACGCUUGCAAAUCGUACGAGAACUGGUCUGUGGCUGACUACUUCCCGGAAGGAAGCUGCACGAUCACGCUUAUCGCUCUCGGUGUAACAGCUGUUGUGUUGCUGUCCGAUAGUCUCACGAAGUUUCUGUAA